AUGUCUCGUCCGCCGCCCAAAAUACAGAAUCUCGAGGCAGAACCGCGAAGACAUGGAGGAGGAGGAGCACCAGGUGGAGGACCUCCACCCGCCUAUCAUCGACCUGAAAGUGAAACGGGCAGUGAUUACUCGAGUGUCUCUCAGAUGGGAAAAAGAAGAGCCUCCUGGUCGAAUCUUGUGGAAUCUGACGAGAAUCUGACAGCCGUUCGAGUGAAUCAAUAUCCAAACGUCGUCAAGAGUGGAUCAUCGUUGAUCGGAAGUAUUGCAACGUCAACAGCUCCGGUCUCUCAGAUACACUCCGGUCAUCCCCUUCAUCCUCAAUCUCAAUCUCAACCCCAAUCUCAACCCCAAUCAAAUCCCCAUCAUCGUCCUCCAUCACAGCUCACUCAUUUCAGCAGUCACAUGUUUGUCGUGCCGAAAGGAACCCUCGUCGAUGCCGCUCCGGCUAGCUCAUCGGAUAGAUCUCGUGCUGUUCACCACGCCGGUUCAUCAGCCGCUCCUUCAGUCGCCAAUUCGGACGCGAUUCUGGCGGAUGCGAAGAAGAAAAAGCGAAAUCGAUUGCAAGAAAUAUUAAAUUGGUGUUCGAAUCCUCGUCAAGGCCUUUGUGCUCUAUGUCUUCUUCUCGUUUUGAUUGUCGGAAUUAUUGCCGCUAUCGUUAUUCCAUUGGCUUUACGAGCGCCAAAGAAAGUCUCACUUGCUUUUCAAGCUCCGGAAGCAUUGCGUGGUGGAUCUUCUGCUUCAACAACAAUUCAAAUGAAUUCAGAUGGGGAUCAAGUGAGAUUCAUGAUCCGCGGUUCACCCCCAUUGAAAGGCAAUUUUCUCUCCGUUUACGAUUUCAAGACGAAUUUUAUCGGUGUUGUCGAUGAGAGUUUGAAAAAUAAUGGACGACAAUUGUUUUGUUUUAUUCUUCGUUUGGAUCGAGGGAAUAUUCCGGAUGAAGUUGAUUUGAGGAAAGCUGCGCAAGAGACGAGAACGAAAUCCCAGCAAACACAAGGAUGGCAAGAGACAUGGAGUUAUCAACCACAACCAUUGAUCAUGCAAAAUCAAAGCCAAUACUUUUCGCAACCAAUCGAUGAAUGUAAUGGGGCAAGAUGGAUGCAACUCGAGAUGGCUUCAACCAAUCAGAGAACCCAACAAUGCACUGAUUGUCAGGGAUUCUGUUUGCCUGAACUCGGUAUUGAGAAGGAUACUGUGAGAGAUGAAUCGUAUCUGAAUGUUGUCCGCCUUGAUUGCUUCCAAUUAUUUGUGCCCGAAUGGCGACAAUUCGCUCAAGCAAACAGCUUUGAACAGAAUCAACGCGAUUUCGAGCAGUAUUACCGAGUGAGCAAUGGAGGAAAUCGAAUCGGCAAUGGAAAUGGAAAUGGACAAGCUGGGAAAUGGAUAAAUGUGAACAAUGGAUAUGCACAAAAUGCCAUUAAUGGUGGUGUGAUGAUGCCGAGUGGACAACUUGCAAAUGGGCAACUUGCAAAUGGACAACUCAAUCCAAACAAUCAACAACAACAGCAGCCUGGACAAACAGCUCAAGGAAAUAAUUUGCAAAAUCUACAAGCAGCCGUUUUUGCCGGUUCACUUCCACAAAACAAUCAACAACUCCAACAACAACAAGAAUUGCAACAGUACAUGAAAGAGAGAAAUCCUGGAUUGAUCAAUGGUCAAUUGGGUCCAAUCGGUCCAACGACUGCUGUUGUUCAUCCCGGAGCACCAUCAAUUGUACACAAUCAACAAUGGCAUCAGGGUGAUGCACAACAACAAUGGUUGAACACUCAAUCGGCCUCCAAUCCAGCGAUGCCCCCAAUUGGAUGGAGUGGAAUGGCAAAUGGAAAUGGAAGAAAUAAUAAUAACAAUGAUGGACGAUGGACUGGGAAUGAAGCGCCUGUGGGAAUUGGAGGCACAUUGAAUCGUGCCAUUCAACCCGUUCUCCAAGGUGCCCAAUCCGGGAUCCAAUCGGCUGCAAACACUAUUCAACAAGGAGCUCAAUCAGUGGGUGAGGCGGUUCAAUCGGGUCUUCAACAAGUGCAAGGAGGAAUUCAAAAUUUACAAGGAAAUGUGCAAGAUGCCGGCAAAUCAGCACAACAGAUUAUUCAAGAAGCACGACAAAGGCUACAGCAGCAAAGCGCGAAUGGAGUGAAUGGAGUGAACCCACCAAGCGGUUAUUUCCAACAAAUGAAUCCACGACAGGGUGGAUAUCCUGGAUAUGAUAAUGCGUAUUUGAAUGGAAAUCAAAUAAAUCAACAACAAUCCGGCACAAAUCUCGUGAAUCCACAAAACUACAAUGUUCAACCAUUU